CACACACACAGAGAUACACACUCGCCAUCCCUGGGGGGGGAAAACCGUGGUGCUUGGGGCUCAGACCUUUUGGAAGAAAGAGCGGCGGGAAGAAAAGAAGGGGGCUAAACAUGCCCAGCUCUUUGAGCCACUCCUCAUAGGGAAUCUUGUUCUCCAAACCCUUGAUUGUUUUAGUCGCCCUCUUCCUCUGGACACCUUCCAGCUUAGAAUCAACAUCUCCCUUCAAUGGCGGUGCCCAGAGUUGGACACAGUGUGAUUCCAGGGAAAUAGGCCUUCCAUGGAGCUACAUUGGUCACGAUGCGAAACAAUCCAACAUUGAAUGGAUUUUGAAGAAUUUGCACUUAAAAAUGCAGUAAGGAAAUCAGUCCUAUAGGAAGAAGAAAUGCUCUAAAGGUUCUGAUCUUGCUGAACCUUUCACCUCGCUCACAGUUCAGAAAGAGGAAAAAGAGUCAAGUGUCUACAUUGUUCUUUAAAGUAAAUACCACUACCAACAUGGGGAAGAAAGCAUAUAAAUGUACUGAGUGUGGAAAGAGCUUUAGUCACCAGACACCUCUGCGGAUACAUGAAAGAGCUCACACUGGUGAGAAACCCUACACAUGUCAGGAAUGUGGGAAGAACUUCGCACAGAGUGGAGCUUUAAACAUACAUCAAAGAAUUCACACUGGAGAGAAACCCUACACAUGCCUAGAAUGUGGAAGGAGCUUCACUCACAGUGGUGGUCUACGUUCACACCAGAAAAUUCACACUGGGGAGAAACCCUAUACAUGCCUGGAAUGUGGAAGGAGUUUCGCUCACAGUAGUGUUCUACGUUCACACCAGAAAAUUCACACUGGGGAGAAACCCUAUACAUGCCUGGAAUGUGGAAGGAGCUUCGCUCACAGUGGUGGUCUACGUUCACACCAGAGAACUCACUCUGGGAAGAAACUCUUGAAAUGCUUGGAGUGUGGAAGGAGCUUCAUUCACAGUGCAGGUCUACUUAAGCAUCAAAGAACUCACACUGGGGAGAAACCCUAUAAAUGCCAAGAUUGUGGAAAUACCUUUGCUGGUUAUGGAGGUCUACAAAUUCAUCGUAGAACACACACUGGGGAGAAACCCUUUCAGUGCCCUGAGUGUGGAAAGAGUUUUACUCAGCACACACAUUUACGUAUACAUCAAAGAAUUCACACUGGGGAGAAACCCUUUAAAUGCUUGGAGUGCGGAAAGAGCUUCACUGACAAUAGAAGUCUACAUACGCAUAAAAGAACUCACACUGGGGAGAAACCCUUUAAAUGCUUGGAGUGUGGAAAGAGCUUUGCUCGGAGUGGAUAUCUACGUUCACAUCAGAGAAUUCACACUGGGGAGAAACCCUAUAAAUGCCAAGAUUGUGGAAAUACCUUUGCUGAUUAUGGAGGUCUACGUAGUCAUCGUAGAACACACACUGGGGAGAAACCCUUUCAGUGUCCCGAGUGUGGAAAGAGUUUUACUCAGAAUGCACAACUACAUUCACACCAAAGAACUCACACUGGGGAGAAACCCUAUAAAUGCUUGGAGUGCGGAAAGAGCUUCACUGAAAGCGGAAGUCUGCGUAAGCAUUAUAGAAUCCACACUGGGGAGAAACCCUAUAAAUGCUUGGAGUGUGGAAAGAGCUUUGCUCGGAGUGGAACACUACGUUUACAUCAAAGAACUCACACUAGAGAGAAACCCUAUAAAUGCCAGGAAUGUGGAAAGACCUUUGUGCACAGGGGAAUUCUGCAUUCACAUCAAAGAACUCACGCUGGGAAGAAAGCCUAUGAGUGCCUGGAGUGUGGCAAGAGCUUCACUCACAACUCAAGUCUACAUAUACAUCAAAGAACCCACACUGGGGAGAAACCCUAUACAUGCCUGGAGUGUGGAAAGAGUUUCUCACAGUUGGGAAAUCUGCAUUCACAUCAGAAAAUUCACACUGGGGAAAAACUAUAAAUGUCUCAAAUGUGGACAGACAUUCCCUGAGAGUGGAGAGCUACAUAAACAUAAUAGAACCCAUAUUGGGAAGAAACUCUAUACAGGCAGUAUCCAAGUUACUAACAUGAUAGGUUCUGUAGGUUUGUUCUUAAGUUGAAUUUUAAGUGUAACUCCAUCCAAAUGUUAUGUGUGUGUGUAUGUAUGCAUGCCAUGCAUGUAGAUAGAUAGAUAGAUAGAUAGAUAGAUAGAUAGAUAGAUAGAUAGAUAGAUAGAUAGAUAGAUAUGUUUUGCAUAGCAUACAGAACAGUUAACACUCCUAUAGUGUUAGUUUUGCUGCCUGUGCCCCUGUUCAGAUGAUUUCACCUCACCUUCUCUCCCUGUGAUAAUUGGAUUUUGAAAAAAUUGGCUUGUUGUGGAAACAAGGAUUGGGGAUAAAACCUCAGUGGAGUCCGCUUUUCCUUAUGUUAACCCUUUUGGAGUUAUUUUGUCUUCCUAGGCGUAGAGUUCUCUCACAUCCUGUUGUCUCAACCUGUUCUUAGCUAUGAGUCAUUUGUAAGUUGGAUGUUUGUAAUUUGGGAACUCCCUGUACAUGCCUGGAUUGUGGAAAGAGUUUUGCUCAGAGUUAACAUCUACAUUGAUAUCAAAGUCUUCACAAUGAGUUCAAACUGUAUACAGGCUGUCCCCGGGUUACAAGCAAGAUUGGUGGUGUGGGUUUAUUCUUAAGUUGAAUUUGUAUAUAGGUCAGGAGAGGUACAUUUUAAAGUGUAAUUUCAGCCAAUUUUGUGUAGUUCUUGAUAGUAUAGGGAAGUGUUAACACCCCUGUUACGUUUGUUUUGCUGUGUAUGUCGCUAGUCAGAAGAUUUGUUCUCAUUUUUUGUCCCUGUCAGACUUGUUGUUGUUUAUUCAUUCAGUCGUCUCCGACUCCUCGUGAUCUCAUGGACCAUCCCACGCCAGAGUUUCCUAUCUGCCGUUGCCGCCCCCAGUUCCUUCAAGUUCAUGCCAAUCACUUCAAGGAUACUAUCCAUCCAUCUCGCCCUUGGUCGGCCUCUCUUCCUUUUUCCUUCCAUUUUCCCCAGCAUCGUGAUCUUUUCCAAGCUUUCCUGUCUUCUCAUGAUGUGGCCAAAAUGUCAGGGGAUGAUGGUGUGCAGAGUGGAUUCCAAAAUUCAUUAUCCCGGUCUCACCCCCUUCUCCAGACUGUAUUCCCAUGCUGAGAAACAGCACUGGUCAAACAAACACUCCAGCAGGCGAAGUCCAACUGUUGAUUAACUUUAUUUACAUGUCUAUUUACAGUUUGCAUUUCUCAGCUUUAGAGCAUAGCAUUCAUAGUCCAUCUUCAGCGAAUGCUCAAGCCGAACACCGGGAGAUAAGACACACCCCUGCAUUCCACAGACCAAGAAGGAAGUCCCGGUCAAACAAACUUGACCCCAUUGGUCCUGUGAUACGUCAAUCAUAGCAGGUUCCCAUUAACUCCAUAACUACUGAAAUGCCUUGCCGAAAACUAACACAGAAGGCAUUUCUAACAACCCAGAUUGAUUUUAACAUUUCACAAUACACAAUACCCUGACACAAAAUAUUUCAGCUUUGUCUCUAGUAUCCUUCCCUCCAGUGAGCAGCCAGGCUUUCUUUCCUGGAGAAUGGACUGGUGGGAUCUUCUUGCGGUCCAAGGCACUCUCAGGAUUUUUCCUCCAGCACCAAAGUUCAAAAGCCUCUCUCUUCCUUCGCUCAGCCUUCCUUAUGGUCCAGCUCUCUCUCGCAUCCAUAGGUUACUGUGGGGAAUACCAUUGCUUUGACUAUGGGGACCUUUGUUGCCCGUGUGAUGUCUCUGCUCUUCACUAUUUCGUCAAGAUUGGCCAUUGCUCUCCUCCCAAGAAGUAAAUGUCUUCUGAUUUCCUGGCUGCAGUCUGCAUCUGCAGUGAUCUUCAUGCCUAGAAAUAUAAAUUCUGUCACUGCCUCCACGUUUUCUCCUUCUAUUUGCCAGUUAUCAAUCGGUCUGGUUGCCAUGAUCUUGGUUUUCUUGAUGUUUAAUUGCAGCCCAGCUUUUGCCCUUUCUUCUUUCUUUCACCAUGGUGAGAAGGCUCCUCAGCUCCUCCUCACUUUCAGCCAUCAGAGUGGUAUCAUCUGUGUACCUAAGGUUGUUAAUUUUUCUUCCAGCAAUUUUAACUCUGGCCUUGGAAUCUUCAAGCCCCGCACAUCGCAUGAUGUGUUCUGCGUACAAGUUGAAUAGGUCGGGUGAAAGUAUACAGCCCUGCCGUACUCCUUUCCCAAUCUUGAACCAGUCUCCUGUUCCGUGGUCUGUUCUUACUACAGUUGAGUCUCACUUAUCCAACAUAAACAGGCCGGCAGAAUGUUGGAUAAGCUAAUAUGUUGGAUAAUAAGGAGGGAUUAAGGAAAAGCCUAUUAAACAUCAAAUUAGGUUAUGAUUUUACAAAUUAAGCACCAAAACACCAUGUUAGACAACAAGUUUAACAGAAAAAGUAGUUCAAUACACAGUAAUGCUAUGUAGUAAUUACUGUAUUUACGAAUUUAGCACCAAAAUAUCACGAUGUAUUGAAAACAUUGAUUACAAAAAUGUGUUGGAUAAUCCAGAACAUUGGAUAAGCAAAUGUUGGAUAAGUGAGACUCUACUGUAUUUAAAAAUUAAAAAAUGAAGGAAAUAUACCAAGAUAGAAAUAAUCAACCAAAAAUCUUGGUUUAAAAAAAUGACAAGAAGAAUGGGAACUCUAUUCGAAAUUAUUAAAAACUAGAAGAAGAUAGUUAUAACAGGAUUAAAAAAAAUUAACAUUGCCCUGUAUAUAUACACAUACACACAUACAUUGUAUUAUCUAUUGGUCCCACAUUUAAGUUGUUCCACAUGUACUUGGAACAACACUUUUUAAAUGAGAUUUAGAAUGUUUAUAUACACAUUUUGUGUAAAAUAUCUACCCCACACUUAACACCUCUUAAAUAGAUUAGGAAUGUUUGUGUUGAAAUAUAUACGCUCUGUGUGGACAAGAAUGAUAGUCAUAGCGAUACAUAACAAACUUUGUUCAUACAUUACUAACAGAUUAUCUUGAAUUUUUAGAUUUCUUAGGAAAUAAUUAGAUUUAGAUAAAGAAUUAAAAGAAUCUGACAAGAAUACCUGAGAUGAACUUUUACAGAGGAAAACUGGAAAAGAAAGAACCAUAAAAGAUAACAGAAGACACAACUAUCAGAUCUGAAACUAAUUGAUAAUAUCACUCUUCUCUUUGCUACAGGGGAUAUAAUGAACUUUUAAUACUGUAAAGAAGUAUGAAUUUUAGUUUACAGAUGUCAUGUUUAACUGUGUUUUAAAAGAGUCAGUAUUUCAGUUACUCUGCUCUCAUGAGUGGUUGCCAUAGAAACGUGGGCAGAGCCAACAGUCAUUUGGCAGAAGAAAGUUUGAAAAGAAACUCAGUCAGUCUGUGGUCAGAGAACCACAGGGAAGGUUGAUUCUCAAUUGGAGAAUCAGGGAGACUCAAAGGUUUAAAUUUUGAGUCAGUUUAAAAUAAGUUUGGUGGCUUAUUUUAAGGUAGUCUGUUUCCAGGUAAGGAACAGAUAGGCUGUGAUUGAAAUUCAUAGGGUGACUGCAGUUUAGAGCAGUAAAGAAAGAAGUGACAUUUUAAGAAGUUUGAAACACCUCAUUCUGUUAUUGCAACUGUUAAUCUAUGUGCCUCAAACAAGAAGAGAAGUUAUUGUAACCAUUAAGCUUGUGUUAUUGUUCUCUCAAACAUCUCAGUCUCUGUGAUGUCUCAUGGGCCUUGUAGUCCCGUUCCUAGUACUAUUGUGGCAGAUGAGGAGGAAAACAUGGGAUUUCCACCGGUUCAGCCAGAAUCGGAGCCUCUGCACCUGGAGGAUGUUUGCCCUCAAGAAGUUAGCCAAACAAGCCUUGGGCAGAAUUCUCCCCCGUUUUCCCGAAAGGACAAUUAUAAUAGAGAUAGAGGAGUCAGGGAGGCUAAUCGCCGGAGCCUCAGAAUCGCAGCCAAACAACUAGCAGAUUAGGUCUGCUUCCCUUGGGAAAUUCUAAGGAGUCAUGCAUCUGGACAGAGUUGGGUUUCGCUUCUUGUUCUCCAGGGAAAGUGUUCUGUUGGCGGGAAAACAAGAACCUAUAUAGGGGUUUUGCCGCAAGAGGAACCUUGCGGAGUCAAUUUGAUCAGCUUGUGAGAGAGAUCGUGUGUGGACUUCGUAUUCCUUGUUCCCUGCUUCCCGGAUCUAGUUUCAAGUCUUGCCUUGACUCACGUUUUGCCACGGACCUUGCUUUAUGCCACGGGCCUUGCUUUCAUGCUUCAUGUUGCCACGUUUCAAGUCUUUGAUCCAGCCAAGUAUCAAGCUCAUGUUCUAGCUUUGUUGUCAAGCUUCAAUGGACUAUAAGACCUUGUCAUCUCCCCACACUAUUGCUUGGCAAAGUGUGUGUUUCGGUUAAUGGAUUAUAACUUUGGACUCUAAUAUCUUAUAUUGGACAAUAUUUUCCUGGACUAUAUUUGAUCUUUCCUGAAAGGUCUACUUCUGAACUAUAUUCUUCACUUGUUUUUAUUGACUUUAUAUAUUUCUUUAAUAAAGAUAUUAGAUAGAA